AUGAGAGGUAAGAGAUUUAGCACGAAGCUUCUUCCUCUUUCUGUUUACGCUCUACCACCCAUUGCGUUGCUCUGCUUCUGUCUUUAUUUUUACUCUCUUUCUUUCACUUCUUCUCCACACUCUCACUUUCCGCAAUUCGUUUCCAUCACCAACCACUCUUCUCUCUCCGCUUCUACUCCUCCAGGAUAUGAGAAGCCAUGUAAUUACUCCAAUGGCAAAUGGGUUCAUACCAAAAGAGGGCCUCUGUAUAAUGGUACCACCUGUGUAAAGAUGAAGAAAAACCAGAACUGUAUAUCCAAUGGAAGACCUGAUUCGGGGUUCCUUUACUGGAGAUGGAAGCCGAGUGAGUGCCUUCUUCCAAGGUUUGACCCUAACACUUUUCUCCAACUCAUAAGCAACAAGCAUGUGGCUUUUGUUGGGGAUUCUGUGUCCAGGAACCAUCUAGAGUCCCUUCUGUGCAUGUUAUCCACCGUAAUAAAACCAAACCGAGUUCACCACCAAGGUUCUCGUCGGUGGCUAUUUCCUUCUCACAACGCAAUCUUGUCCUUCUAUUGGUCCCCAUUUCUCGUACAAGGUGUUCCUAGAAAAACCCCGGGACCACUUUAUAACACUGUGCAUCUGGAUCGUGUUAAUAUGAGGUGGGCAAGGGAUAUGGAAGAAAUGGACAUGAUUGUGUUGUCCUUAGGGCAUUGGUUUUUGGUUCCUUCAGUUUUCUAUGAGGGUGGUAAAGUUUUAGGGUGCAUGAGCCAUCCUGUUUCCAAUUGUACCGUUGAGAUUGGUUUUCAUGGUCCAAUAAGAAGGGCUUUGAGGACUGCUCUUAAUAGCAUAAUCGAGAGGAAGGUUGGUAAGGGAAAAGGUGUUGAUGUGAUUGUGAGAACAUAUUCACCUUCUCAUUUUGAAGGUGCUUGGGAUAAGGGGGGUACUUGUUCAAAGACCAAGCCUUAUGGAAUUGGGGAGAAGCAAGUUGAAGGGAAUGAUGCUGAGAUAAGAUGGAUUGAGAUGGAAGAAGUGGAAAAUGCUCAGGCAAGAGCCAAACAACUAGGAGGGAUUAGGUUGGAGGUACUUGAUGUAACAAAAUUGGCAUUGUUGAGACCAGAUGGGCAUCCUGGUGUUUAUAUGAAUCCUUUCCCAUUUGCAGAUGGGAUUCCAAAGGUUGUGCAGAAUGAUUGUGUUCAUUGGUGUUUGCCAGGGCCUAUAGACUCAUGGAGUGAGGUUUUUCUGCAGAUUAUGAAAAACAUGGCACGAUUAGCAAAGGAGUGA